AUGCCGCCUCACCCCGCUCUUCAAGUUCCAGAGAUCCUCUCAAUUAUCUUUGGGAAUUUUUAUGGCGAAAUUUUCACGGACGAAGACUCACUCGCUGCAUUGGCACGAACUUGCAAAGCCUUUUUCGAGCCUGCGGUUUUUGAAUUCGACGAAUCCCGGGGAAUCUAUGGCUUCCACGAUGAUGUCGAGCCCGCUCACUGGCUGAGACUUGAAAGUUACGCAGCUGCCAUUCAUGAACUUCAAGUUACCACUGAGGACCCUUCUGGAUUUGAUGGUUUUGUCUUGGUGCUCGCAGCGCGCCAUUUUCAAGGGCGGCCAAUGCUGCCGUCGCUAGUCACCUUGACACUUGACCACCCCAAUCUGAUCCCUGCCCUUCCCCUCCUCCUUUCCCCGACUCUUCGUACCGUUUCUUUUUGCGUCUGUGAUGAUUACUCCCUUGGCAAAUUCCCCUACCCCCUGCACAAAGGUUUUAUGAAGAUUAUCUUAGAACAAGCACCGUCAAUCAACACGCUGGUGCUCCCUGGGUUCCUCUCCAACCGCGAGUCAUACCACCCCAUUCUCAGCUUGAAAAAUCUACACACCCUCAUCAUUUCGACAUCUGAAAUACAAUCAGGGAAUGUUCCGCUCGACAUCAUUGCUUCUUCUACAUCCCUCGUGGAGCUCAAAAUGAAUUUCCCAAGUGCUUCAUCGGAUGCGUCACCCCUCGAUGUGAAAUUCCAGCUCCCCUGCUUCCAAUCGCUGCGCUCUCUAAGCCUCACUGGUGCCUCCGGGCCCUUCAUCAACUCAAUCCUUACCAUAUUUACCUUCAUUCCGAUUGAGUCGGUUUUUAUUGAGCUCGACUGUACGGACGUCCAAUGGAGAACUAUCUUAACAAGCGUGGCACAAUGGGCCAACACUGUGCAGCGAUUCGAGUUCACCGCCAGAUCGGGGUUGAUGAUCAUGCCCCGUUAUUCAGACCUUGAGCCUUUGCUUUCAUGUCAUCAGAUGCGACAUCUUAUUGUGAAACGUUAUCCUUUCCCUUCUUCACCCAGUCUAUCUCAUGACAACAUCGUUGAGAUGGCGACUGCAUGGCCUGAACUUCGUGAAUUGAAGCUUCAAUUAGCGACCGCCGGUGUCAACCUCCGAUCCCUAACUCUUCUCACCAAAAAGCUUCCCAGUUUACGAGAAUUGAGCUUGUCUGUUGAUUUUUCGACCCUCCCGGCUCGCAUUGUGAAGCGUCCCCGUCGAACAGGCGAACAAUUGUUGAAACUUGAUAUAAAUCACUUCUCUUUAGGCAAAUCGGAUCCUGUCACCGUAGCGGACCACCUGAACAAUCUGUUUCCUUUGGCGGCGAUCGACACUAUAUACACAGAAUCACCUUCCUCAGUGCACAAACUGGGAAGGGUUCUGAAUCUCUGUCACAGAGCUUGCACUCGGGCUGGAGUAGUUUUUGAGUAG